AGUACCCCUCACUGUUUCCCGUCUCUCACUCACUGUCCUUCUGUUUAUCCACAACAAUAACAAUUCACUCUCUCUUUCUCUCUCACACACACACCAUUUCAAGCCCCAUCAAGCGCAACUCAAGGAACCAACUGCUAUUUGUCUGUUUCAUUCAACUGUUGAUUCUAGAGAUCAAAAUGUUGGGUAACUGUGACAAAACAGCGUCUAACAAAUGGACACAGAACAUGAAUGAUCAUCAUCAUCAUCAGGUCUCAACAACAAUGGGUAGUACUUCAUCCAUUAGGGCUAUGGAAAAACCAGGUCAAGAGCUUCUUCAGCUGCAGCAACAAGCACUAAACUGCCCUCGCUGUGACUCAACCAACACCAAAUUCUGCUACUACAACAACUACAGUUUGUCACAGCCAAGACACUUUUGCAAAGCUUGCAAGAGAUACUGGACUCGAGGUGGGACUCUCAGAAACGUUCCGGUAGGUGGUGGAUGUAGAAAAAACAAACGUGUUAUCAAAAGACCAACCGGUUCUUCUACUAUUGAUUCUUCUCCUUCUCCUAUUAGUUCCAAUUCAAACCCUCCUUCUUCUAACCCUCAAACAACCACUACAAGUCAGAUCAACCCUUUGUUCUUCGGGUUACCCGGCGGUGGUAGCGAUGUGAUGAAUCUCCAGUUUCCUAGGUUCAAUUCUAGAGUACUUUCCGGUGACGGCGGUUUGGGUUCGGGUUCUGGUUCAGGGUUUGAUCUUCUUCAGCCUCAGAUGAAUAAUACUCUUGGGUUUAUAUCUGGGGAGGUUAAUGAUAAUUGUUACCGGAAUAACAAUGGGUUUAGUUCAAACAACAACAACAGCAACAACACUCUUGUUUCUAGCUACAGUUCCAUGUUUGGUAAUUCUUCUCCCUCUAAUCCAGUUAUGGCUUCCUUGUUGAGUUCUACUCUACGGCAACAGAAAUUCAAUGCUUUUCAAGGAAUGGUCCCAUUUGAACAGAUUGAAAGUGAUGAGGGAGGGGUAGUGGCUGCUUCAAAAGAAGUGAAAGUUGAAGGGCAAAAGUGGAACAACAAUAAUGAUAAUGGUAGUGGUGGUGAUGGUGGUGGUCUUUGCCAAAACCAGAUCGAUCAGCAUGUGGGUUUGUCUGAUCCUUCACUUUAUUGGAAUAACAACAACAACACAGCAAUGGGGUUGGGUGGUUGGAGUGAUCAAGUUAGCAAUAUUGGUCCUUCUAUCACUUCUCUGAUCUAGGAAGAUGAAACAUCGUCUUCAAUUAAUCUAUCUCUCUCUACUGUACCUCGUUUAAGGUCACCUUUAAUUUUGUUCCUUUUCUUUGGAUCUAUUAGGCUUCUCUUUGUUGCUGCUUUUUUUUUUUGUGAAAGUGGGUUUGGUUUACUUACUUACAUUGAAAAAUGAAGAUACUUCGGAAAUUAAGGUAAAGGUGAGAGGAGUUUGGGAUCGGAGAGAUCAUGUCAGCUGCAAAUACACUACUCUUCAGCUUGUUUGUUUUAUGAGUCAAGGUUGAGGACAUUGGUUAUAUUGCGCUGAGAGGAACCUCGGAUCCUCUUCUCUCGUAGUGUGUCACGGCGGCGGCUGCGCCACCACAAAGUGUUCCCUCAGGCUGUGGAGAUCCUUUGGUGCAAGUGCUCCAUAGUUGAGUAAGUUUGGUAUUUUUCAGUAGUUUUGUAAUGUGUAUAUAUGCAAUGACAUGUACUUUUUUCCCUUAAUUUUCUAAUGUAUUGUGGUUAGUUUAGAUGAGGUCGGGGAUUUAAUCAGGUUAUGGUGAUGUAUUACUAAAAGGAAACUAAUAUUGGUUUCAUUUUUGUUAACUAUCUCAACAUUUGGAAAGGGGGGAAAUUAGAUGGGGGUAUAGUAAUGGUAUAGGAGAGGGGGAGAUUAUUUACUUGGAUUUGAGUGAUUGAUCAUGCAUGUAUUUGGAGUUGGUUUGUGUCAUAUGUUGUUAUGUGGUUCCUAGCUACCGGUAAUUCUAAGACGCUUUGGUUUAUGCAAAUAUUAUUGUUUUUGUUUAUUA